GCUUGGGCUUCAUUUGAGUUCCUCAUGCCACAGAGACGCACAAGGAGCUCCACUGUCAUCGGACCACUGUCACCAUGGAAUGAACAAGAUCAUCAACAAUCCAGGUGAAGCAAGACCUUACUCACGAUGGAGCUGCAAGGAUCCGUCACGUUCCUGCAAGAUGGGGAUCUACCUCGACGGAGUCUGGGUUCCAUCUCUGGUCUGCACUAUGGCUCAUUUGUGAACAGCCUUUCGUCACUCACGCCCAAAGUGGACGAGAGACCCGCGGUGUCACGUCGGCAAGCCCACAUCGCGGUGGUUGUGCUCUGCUACGUCAACUUGCUCAAUUACAUGGAACGAUACACAAUUGCAGGUGUACUUCUAAACGUACAGGCAUUCUUUGAUAUACAUGACAGUACUGCUGGACUUCUUCAGACAGUUUUUAUCCUCAGCUUCCUAGUGACGGCCCCUCUCUUUGGUUACCUUGGUGACCGGUACAACCGAGUACACAUCAUGGCCUUGGGUUUGAGUGUGUGGUUGGUGACCGCAACUGGCAGCUCUUUUGUUGCUAAGUCGCACUUUUGGCUUCUGGUGGUGUUACGAGGCCUGGUUGGGAUUGGGGAGGCGAGCUACUCCACUAUCGCUCCCACCAUUAUCGGGGACCUUUUCACUGGGGGACAACGGACCGUUAUGAUUGCUGCUUUCUACAUCUUCAUCCCUGUUGGGAGUGGUCUUGGCUAUAUAACAGGGUCAUCAAUAGCCCGCCUGACUGGUGACUGGCACUGGUCUCUCAGGAUAACUCCCAUUUUCGGUCUUAUUGGGUUGAUUUUACUGGUGCUCUUCUGCCCAAACCCAUCCAGAGGUGCUGCAGAGAACAACCAACAUGGUGUUAACAAGCAGAGCUCUUACUUGGAGGAUAUCAAGUACCUUCUCAAAAAUAAAAGUUUCAUAUGGUCAUCACUGGGAGUGACGGCAAUGGCCUUCCUUACUGGAGCCUUGGCUUUUUGGAUGCCUACUUUUCUAUUCAGAGCUCAGGUGUCUCAGGGCCUUCAAGCACCCUGCACGGACGGGUCCUGCGACAACAUACACAGUCUUAUUUUUGGCGCCAUCACUGUGCUCUCUGGCAUACUCGGGGUGUGCUUCGGCACUGGUUUGGCCAGAUGGUUGCGGGACAAAGUGCCCAAUGCAGAUCCACUCAUCUGCGCUGGAGGCAUGCUGGGAUCAGUCCCAUGCCUCUUUAUCAGCAUCUUCAUCGCAACGGCAUCCAUUCCAGCCACUUAUGUCUUCGUUUUCAUAGCGGAGGUCCUGUUAUCACUGAACUGGUCACUUCUGGCUGAUAUGCUACUGUACGUUGUUGUGCCCACCAGAAGGGCCACGGCUGAGGCUCUCCAGAUUACAGUCUGCCACCUCCUCGGGGAUGCCGGGAGUCCGUAUCUACUAGGAACGAUAUCUGACGCGAUACAGAAAUCCAAGCCUCCAUCCACAUACUGGAGCUUCCCUAGUCUUCAGUACAGCUUCCUGAUUUGCCCGUUUGUUGGCAUUCUCGGAGGGAUUUUCUUCCUCAUGACUGCUCUUUACAUCCAUGAUGACAGAAUGGCAGCUGAACAGCUGGUGGAAGAUCCUCCUGUGCAAAGUCCUACACCCGAGUCCACUGUGGAGAUCAACGAUGCACAGUCCAAAUAAUGCAGGACCACUGCAGAUUUGUAUUGAAUUCUCUUGUUAAAUGGAUGAAAAACUUAAAGUGUGGUGAUGGAUGUUGGAAUUAACGAGUUUUUUUUUUUUUUUUUUACAAAGUGGUGUGUAAACAUAACAGAUUUUAUUCAAAGCGCUCCCGCUAUCUUUAAAAGCAUUUCACAAUGUUAACAUUCUGUACCACAUUGCAGAGGAGGGAAGAAUACAGUAUAUGUUGACAUAUUGUUUUGUAUUAUGAAUAAAUUGAACAAAAAAUGUUUGUGUACUUUUUAAUUAUUAUUUUUUUUUAUCUUAAAUCAAGAUCCUUUAUGAAAAACAAAAAGGUUUUACAUGCUGCUAGCAGGGUCACCUCUUUUUUUCUUC